AAAAGGCGUAGCUUUCCGGGCAACCUCUUUCUCUCUUUCUGGUGGAAACCAAUCAGAAAGCUCCGUCACUCUAUAUUGAUGUCCAAACUCACCUCCUUUGCGAUUAUCGGUUCUGGAAACAUUGGUUCCUUCGUCAUAUCGGCUUUCCUUGGCCAAGCCGCUCCUCCGUCGACAUUGAUAGUUCUUUCUCGUAAUCCAGAGUCCAAGAAUUUUCCUCCAGAAGUACAGGUCAUAAGAGUGGAUGAUUACGGAGACAUCAAUGCUGUUGCAAGAAUACUAACUGCGUACAAGAUCGAUGCAGUGAUAUCGACUGUAGGUUUUGGUGGUAUAAGUGCCCAAAAGAAAAUGGCGGACGCAGGAAAGUUGGCUGGUGUAAAGCUGUUUGCCCCUUCAGAGUUCGGUUCUCCGACUGAUGGCGCGCCGAGCGAGUACCGGCCUUUACAGGAAAGGGACGAAGUUGCAGAGUACAUCAAUGCAAUUGGACUUCCUUGGGCGAGAUUCUACACUGGGGCCUUUAUAAAUACUGCAUUAUUCACUGUCACUGGUGUUCGAGUGAAUGGAAAAAUCAACAUCAUUGGCAGAGGUCAAACUCCUGUGACGUUCACGUCGGAAGAAGACGCAGGAGGUUUUAUCGCAUACGUGCUCACCUCUCUGCCAAACAGCUCGAUAUCUAACAAGAUAUUUCGUCUUGAAGGUGAUCGCGCUUCUUUACAGGAUAUCGCCAAAUGGUAUCACAAGGAAGUCGCAUACGUUGAAGCUAUUCCUGGUCCCCGCUCGGAAAUUUUGUCUAUGUUUUCCAGAAUCUUCGAAUCUGGAGCGGCAAGCACUGGGUGGAAUUUUGCGCUGGCAGGAGAGGGAAAAGGAUGGGAUGCAGCUGGGAGUGCGAAUGAGCUCUGGCAAGGUCAUCAAUGGAAGAAAAUAAGAGACUUGGUCACAACGUUGUGAUACUUAGAAUUCACAAUAUCAUUACAGCAACGCUAUAUCGCUAGAAAGAAUUCAUACAUGUGUUAUGUACUGAACCUCAACAGGUACUCAGAUAUUCACGACACGGUAGGGCCUGCCUGGUCUAC